UCGGGGAAUAUAUUCUCUCUCAGAAUUGUAAACAAAAUUGGUACAACGUAUCAUGGAUACCCUUGUUUCUCGUGAUGCCAUGUAAUUGGGUAAGCAUUUCUUGGGCUUUACUUGAUUCUUUUUGCAAUUUUUCGUAUCAUUUCUCGAAAAUAGAAAAUGAAUCACUGCAAUUCAAAAUAUGGGGUUUUCCCAGAUGAUAUUAUGGUUCAAAUUUUCGCUAGAUUGCCCGUUAAAUCCCUUUUCAGAACUAAAUGUGUGUGCAAACUGUGGUACAAAUUAAUCUCUGAAAGAUACUUUACGCGGCUGUACAAUGAGGUUUCUGUCAAGAAUCCUAUGGUGCUUGUAGAGGCCAAUGAAUCUUUAUCAGAAUCAAGAUCAAGUUUAAUUCUUGUUGAUAAUAUGAGGGGUGUAUCUGAGUUUUUGUUGGAUUUUAUCAAGGACAGAGUCAGAGUUAGGGCUUCUUGUAAUGGAUUAUUAUGUUGUUCUAGCAUUCCUGAUAAAGGUGUUUAUUAUGUUUGUAAUCCAAUGACUAGACAGUAUAAGUUGCUUCCGAGAAGUAGGGAAAGGCCAAUUACUAGGUUUCAUCCCGAUGGUGAAGCUACUCUUGUUGGUUUGGCUUGCAAUUUGUUGACAGGGAAGUAUAAUGUUGUGUUGGCAGGACAUCAUAGGUCAUUUGGGCAUAGGCCUGAGAGGACUUUUAUAUGUCUGAUCUUUGAUUCGGAAUCUAAUAAAUGGAGGAAAUCUGUUUCGUUGCAAGAUGAUCAUUUUACACACAUGAAUAGAAAUCAAGUUGUGUUCAUUAAUGGUGCGUUGCAUUGGUUGACUGCGAGCUGUUCUUGUGUGCUUGUUCUGAAUUUGGAUUCUGAUAUUUGGAGGAAAAUGUCAUUGCCAGAUGAAGUGAAUUCUGGGAGUGGGAGUCGGAUUUAUUUGUUGGAGUCGGAUGGGCGAUUGUCUGUGAUUCAAAUUUCAGAGGUCUGGAUGAAUAUUUUUAUGAUGGAAGAUUAUGACAAGGAAGAAUGGCAUAUGGUGGACAGGGUGAGUCUACGAUGUAUUAGAGGGAUGGUGCCUGGCAUUUUUCCAAUUAGUAAGACUGGUGAAUAUGUUUUCCUUGCAACCCACAAGCAAGUGUUGGUGUAUCAGAGAAAUAGCAGAGUUUGGAAGGAGAUGUAUUCAGUGAAGAACAAUGCCACCCUGCCAUUGUGGUUCUCUGCACAUUCUUUUCGGAGCACAAUUUUUUCUUGCCAGUAAGGUGUAGAUACUGGAUUGAUUAAUACAUAUCUGAGUCUGAUGUUCAUGCCUAAUUGGAUUCUUUUCCCUUGUCUUUGCUACUGUUAAUGUUUCCAUGAGUUUGCAAAGUUUGCAAUUAGUCAUCAGUUAAAGCUAGCUUUAAAGUAGCACUAGAUAGUGUAAAUGAAUAAUGCUGAUUGUUUCGUGUUUUUAUUGUAAUUGGCUGAUAGUCAUGUUAUUACUACUGGAGAAUUCAUUAGUAA